GUAUGCAUACGAAACAGUUGGAGGCCGGUCAUUAACUUUUGUGCAAAAACUGAUUUUAAGAAUGAUUUGGAUACAGCAAGCUUGAAUUGAAACCUUGCUCAAGCUUGGAUUUGUAUUAGGGGUGUAUUCACUGUGUAUUGGGUCAAAGUCACUGUUACUAAAAAAGAAAAUCACUUUCCUCAAUAACUUGUGUUUGUAUGGAUAUAUUGUACUGACAUUUGAAUGACUAAUCUUGAUGAAACUUUUGAUAUAGCAAAAUCUGUGGAGAUCUAUCUUGAGCUUUUAUUUGGGGCAUGUUGGGUCAAAGUCACUGUUUUCUAAAAAGAGACAAAUAUAUAAAUUAGCAUUUAGUAAACAUAAAGAUGUAGCAUUUACAAAACAAUACUGUCUAGUUCUGAAUAUUACUUGUCAUAUCAACUGAGUCGCGUUUUGUGAGAACUGGGCUUAAUUCGUGUGCGUAAAGCGUGGUCACUGAUUAAUCUGUGCAGUCCGCGCUGGCUUAUAAGGGAUCACACUUUCCACUUACGUUGAAUUGUAAUUUUAAGGGAUGUCUCUUUAAAACGGAAAACCAGUAAAUGCCGAAAGUGCCGUCCCUGAUUAGCUUGUGCCGAAUGUAUAUUUUUGAAAUAAUAAUUGUCCCCAGCAAUCUCUGUCCAGAUUUAAAUGAACUUCUUACGAAGCGUCAUUAAAGGGGGUGUACGGAAUAGACUCCAUAAUUCCAGUUUUUUAAGGAGUAGCUAGAAUAUAAUCUGUUUAAGUUAUGUUCUCAUAACUUAUAUCAGAAAUAUCUGAAAAGGUCCCUUUAAUUCUUAAAUUCGUAGCAGCACAUAAAUAAGUUCAAGCAUACCCAUGUUUAAUGUAUGGGUAUUACACUUGCACUGAUAAUUUAUAUAAAAAACAAUGCCGAAGAUAAGUGUAUAUUCGCCAUGACAAACAUCAGUUAAACGCCCAUAAAAGACUUAAAAUCAACGGAUGUUUCGUUCAAUAUUUCGAAAAAUAAUGUUCACACAUAAACAAAUCAAUGUUCUUUAUAGCAAUAUCCAAAGUUUCAACGCUAGAUGUGGUCUGUGACAUAGAUAUAAUGCAAUACAAAAUGCUCGUUAUUAUUUUUUGUGUCAAUAUAUUCCAUGUGAAUUUCCGGCUACGAUAUACGAACAUCAACGAGCGAACGCGAUAUUAGCUUUGGAAGCACGACGUAAAUCUCAUAUUUGUUGACUUUGAGUAUGUAUUUUUCUUUAAACCUAAAAUGAAAUAAAACAAUAAGAGUUUAAUUGCAUAUUUAUGAAGUUGAGUCGUAGUUUGAUUAGCUUACUUCUGUUAAAAGAGGUUUACGCUGUACACCGUUUAUAGUUUUUAGUUGAAUCUAUUUCAAGUGUUUGUACUUCCUGUUCAACACUAUGAUCGUGCGGUAGUUGAAAAGUCUUCAUUGAAGUGUAUGCCUUCAAAUACGUUAGACAAUAUGCCGCUUAUCACAGUGUUUACAUCGCAUUGAGUUAAGCAAUCUAUAUCGACAUACAUUACUACAUCGCUGCUGUAGUACAAGCCAUUCGGGGCUUUGAAGAAAUGCAGGGACUGUCGGAUAAAGGGACAAGUUUUUGUCUACCAGAGCAGUACCGAUCCAUUCCCAUACGCACGUUGAGAUGUUCGACGCGCCGGAAGUUGGCUCGGUUUCUCGACCUGGAAGGCAGUCUCGUGCUAACAAACCACGAUGGGAUGGAGAUUGAUUGUGUCAAUGACUUCUGUGGACUCGCAGAGCUGGCAGGCUUCGAAAGUCUUGACAUCAGAAAUAUGAAGCGCCAUGAUAGCCCGACUGCUAAGUUUCUGGAGCAGUGGCAAGGGCGCCCGACAGCGACCGUCGGCCGUCUGUUUGACUUCCUGGUGCAGCUCGAGAGAUAUGAUGUCAUAGAGGACUGCAAGGCUAACAUCCUGCACGACUGCCAAAUAAUCACGCAACCUAUGUCUUUCGAGCAGUGUACCGGCGGCAGAGUUUUGAAUCCGAAAAGAAGUGAUGGCAGUUUCAAUCCUAAAUCCGUAGAUGACGUGAAAUCCCAGAAAAAGACGUUGUACCACGCGUUCGUGAGUUACACAGACGAUGACUCGUGCGACUGCGCGUUCGUCAAGACGCUCAUCCGGGAAUUCGAGGGGAACCAUGGCCUUCGCCUCUUUGUUCCGGGCCGAAAUGACCUACCGGGACCCGCUAAACACAGCGUAGACGCCUACCUCAUAGAGAAACGGUGUCGGAGGGUUCUUAUCAUACUUUCGGACGCGUACAACAGGAGUGACGCAUGCAGGUUUCAGAUGAAGUUCACCCACGCCCUGUCACCAGAUGCAAGAAAGCGGAAAUUGAUUCCUAUUGUUCGAAACAAAAGUACACGCAUACCAAACAUUCUCCGGUUUAUUUCAUUGCUGGAUUUCACCAAGACAGACAAGCUGGACUGGACCUGGCAACGACUCCGCGUGGCUUUAUACUCUUCAGCCGACGAACAAACUCAACCAGAACCGGAACCUGAGUCGUCUGGCUUCAGCGAACUAGAAAACAGUUUACGAGAUGUGUCCGUUCCGCUAUGGCGUCCAUUAUGCGUGUCUGAAUUAGAAAGCGACACGGACAGCGCAAUUGAGACAUCGUGCAGCUCGGAAAAGGACCGGAAGCUGUUGACUUAUGAAUCCGCGUUAACAGACGACUCGAUAACGUUUCUCAAGCAACGUCAUUUCGCGACGUCACCAAAUAACGUGCUCGGUGAUUCUUGUGAUAAAAGCAGACAUGUUGAAAAGAGAGAAGCGGAAACUGAUUCAGAUGAUACUGAGCAAACAGUUAGUUUAAUGCAAAUACUGGAUUUAGAAGAAUCACGUAUUGAUCAACCCGGCGUUGAUGUUUGCCAUUCAAGUCCAAAACCAAAUGAAAGCGAACAGGGUUUCGAAAGUGUGCAUUUCUCAAGAAAUAAACAAGAAGCCGAUUUUGAAGGAAGUGCUGAAUACGUUGUUCUUUACACAAGACUGGCGGAGCCCACUCGGUCACAUAAUUAUCCGGUUUAAAUGACCAAGCAGCCAAUUUAAGAAAGUAAUUUGACCGAUUCAACUGUACGAGACCCAAUACAAGAAAGUAACUUGACCGAUUCAACUGUAAGAAACCAUUAAAUAAACCUGUAUACAUAUA